UUCUUUCUCUUUUUCAUCAAAUUCAUCUCUUCAUAAAUCCAAUGAAUCCAAUCCCCCCAAUAUUUCUUGAUCCAUCAAUGGCUACCACCCAAAAUCCCACCAAACCAGUUUCAUCUUUUCUUGGUUCUCCAAGGUUCUUCAAUGGCUUCUUCAUGCCAAAACCUCUUUCUGAUGCAGAAUCAUCAUCACCAACCUCAAUUCUUGACACCAAACAGUUAUUCUCCACUUUUGGAAGCAACCCAUUUGGAUUCAAACAAAACCCAGAAAAACCCACAAAGAUUUCUCAAAAAAUCAAAAACCCAUUUGCUGAGAAAUUUGAAUCUGAAUCUGAGAAUGGAAUUGCUCUUGCUCUUGUUCAAGAGAACCCUAAUCAUGGCAUUUGUAAACCUAAUGCUAUCAAUAGGAAGGUUCUGUUUGGAUCAAACUUAAAGAUCCAAAUCCCAUUAAACGGGUCAUCGGAUGAUCCUUGUGAUUUUGGGAUCAAGACCCGGGGGGGUUUUCGGAUUCCGGGUCAUCCGACUUCAUCUGGGUCGGGUUCUUCCAUGGGAGGUUUGUCUUUGAGUGAGAUGGAGCUUUCAGAGGAGUAUACACGGGUUAUAUGUCAUGGGUCUAACCCCAAAACGACCCAUAUUUACGAUAAUUGUGUUGUGGAGAGGUGCUGUGAUGUUGUUGAGUCGGAUCUUGAGCUCAAACCGCCAUUGAAGAGGUUUCUGAGCUUCUGUUACACCUGCAAGAAGAAUCUUGAAGAUGACUCUGACAUUUUCAUGUACAGGGGGGAGAGAGGUUUUUGCAGUGAAGAAUGCAGAUGCCAAGAAAUGAUAUUGGAUGGAUUGAACGAUCAAGUGUGAAGUGAAGUUGUGGUGAAAUGACCAUUUUAUCCUUUCUUCUUCUUUCUUCUUCUUCUUUCUCCAACAAUGGACUGGAGUUGGAUUAGAUGUUUGUUGUAAGAGUUUCUUGUUUGAUCCUUUUUUCCAAUAACAAGUUGUGGGUUCAAUAAAAUGACGAGAGAAACAUGGAUUACAACA